AUGCCAUGUGUCCGGAGGAGCUGGCUUGCAAACCUGUCCGUGGUGGCCCAGCUCCUUAACUUUGGGGCGCUUUGCUAUGGGAGACAACCUCAGCCGGACCCGGUGCGCUUCCCAGACCCGAGGCAAGAACAUUUUAUCAAGACCCUGCCAGAAUACCAGGUGGUGGGUCCUGUCCAAGUAGAUGAGAGUGGGCAUUUCCUGUCAUAUAGCUUGCACCUUCCUGUCCCCAGCAGCAGAAGGAAGAGAGACUUGGGUUCCUCAGAGGACUGGGUCUACUACCAAAUUUCACACGAGGAGAAGGACCUGUUCUUCAACCUGACAGUCAAUCAGAGAUUUCUUUCCAAUAGCUACAUCGUGGAGAAGAGAUAUGGGAACCUCUCCCAUGUUAAAAUGUUGGCCUCCUCGGGGCCUCCCUGCCAUCUCAGGGGCACAGUUCUGCAGCAGGGAACCACAGUUGGGACUGCAGCCCUCAGCGCCUGCCAUGGACUGACUGGAUUUUUCCAUCUACCACAUGGAGACUUUUUCAUUGAGCCUGUUAAAAAGCAUCCAGUGGCUGAGGGUGCCCACCCACACAUCGUUUACCGGAGGCAGAGAGUUCAAGAGACAAAGGAGGCAGCCUGCGGAUUAAAGGACAGUCYUGGCACCUUCGAGAAGCAAGAGCUACAGCGAGAAAAGUGGGAGAGGAACAACAUGCCAAGCAGAAGCCUCUCUCGACGCUCCAUCAGCAAAGAGAGAUGGGUGGAGACACUGGUGGUGGCUGACACAAAGAUGAUCGAAUACCAUGGGAGUGAAAACGUGGAGUCCUACAUCCUCACCAUCAUGAACAUGGUCACUGGGUUGUUCCAUAAUCCAAGUAUUGGUAAUGCAGUUCACAUCGUUGUGGUUCGGCUCAUUCUCCUUGAAGAAGAAGAGCAAGGACUGAAAAUAAUCCACCAUGCAGAGAAAACACUGUCUAGCUUCUGCAAGUGGCAGAAGAGCAUCAAUCCCAAGAGUGACCUCAAUCCUGUCCAUCAUGAUGUGGCUGUCCUUAUUACCAGAAAAGACAUCUGUGCUGGUGUCAAUCGCCCCUGUGAGACCCUGGGUCUGUCCCACUUGUCAGGAAUGUGUCAGCCUCACCGCAGUUGUAACAUCAAUGAAGACUCUGGACUCCCUCUGGCCUUCACCAUUGCUCAUGAGCUUGGACACAGCUUUGGCAUCCAGCAUGAUGGGAAAGAAAAUGACUGUGAGCCCGUGGGCAGGCACCCGUACAUCAUGUCCCAUCAGCUCCAGUACGAUCCCACUCCACUGACGUGGUCCAAGUGCAGCAAGGAGUAUAUCACCCGCUUCUUGGACCGAGGCUGGGGGUUCUGUCUUGAUGACAUUCCCAAAAAGAAAGGCUUGAAGUCCAAGGUCAUUGCCCCUGGCGUGAUCUAUGAUGUCCAUCACCAAUGCCAGCUCCAGUAUGGUCCCAAUGCUACCUUYUGCCAGGAAGUUGAAAACGUUUGUCAGACGCUGUGGUGCUCAGUAAAAGGCUUUUGUCGCUCUAAACUGGAUGCUGCUGCMGAUGGGACAAGAUGUGGUGAGAAGAAGUGGUGCAUGGCGGGCAAGUGCAUCACAGUGGGGAAGAAACCAGAGAGCAUCCCUGGAGGCUGGGGCCGCUGGUCACCCUGGUCCCACUGUUCCAGAACCUGUGGGGCUGGAGCCCAGAGUGCAGAAAGGCUCUGCAACAACCCUGAACCAAAGUUUGGAGGAAAAUACUGCACUGGAGAAAGAAAGCGAUAUCGCUUGUGCAAYGUCCACCCCUGUCGCCCAGAUGCACCAACAUUUCGGCAGAUGCAAUGCAGUGAAUUUGACACCGUUCCCUACAAGAAUGAAUUCUACCACUGGUUUCCAGUUUUUAAUUCAGCACGUCCUUGUGAGCUCUACUGCCGACCCAUAGAUGGCCAGUUUUCUGAGAGAAUGCUGGAUGCUGUCAUUGAUGGUACCCCUUGCUUUGAAGGUGGCAACAGCAGAAAUGUCUGUAUUAAUGGCAUAUGUAAGAUGGUUGGCUGUGACUACGAGAUCGAUUCCAAUGCCACCGAGGAUCGCUGUGGWGUUUGUCUGGGAGACGGCUCUGCCUGCCAGACUGUAAGGAAGAUGUUCAAGCAGAAAGAAGGAUCUGGUUAUGUUGACAUUGGGCUCAUUCCCAAAGGAGCGAGGGACAUAAGGGUGAUGGAAAUCAAAGCAGCAGGAAACUUCCUGGCCAUCAGGAGUGAAGACCCAGAAAAAUACUAUCUGAAUGGAGGAUUUAUUAUCCAGUGGAAUGGGAACUAUAAGCUGGCAGGGACGGUCUUUCAGUAUGACCGGAAAGGAGACCUGGAGAAACUGCUGGCCCCUGGCCCCACCAAUGAGUCAGUGUGGAUCCAGCUCCUAUUCCAGGUGACUAACCCAGGCAUCAAGUAUGAGUACACAAUCCGGAAAGAUGGCCUUGACAACGACGUGGAGCAAYUGGUGUACUUCUGGCAGUUUGGCCGCUGGACAGAGUGCAGUGUGACAUGCGGGACAGGUAUCCGCCGUCAGACUGCCCAUUGUGUGAAGAAGGGCCACGGGGUGGUGAAAGCUACAUUCUGCAACCCGGAAAAACAGCCCAAUGGGAGACAAAAGAAGUGCUAUGAAAAGGAUUGUCCACCCAGGUGGUGGGCAGGAGAAUGGGAAGCAUGUUCCACAACAUGUGGGCCCUAUGGAGAGAAGAAGCGUACAGUGUUGUGCAUUCAGACCAUGGGCUCUGAUGAGCAAGCUCUCCCAGCUACAGACUGCCAGCAUCUGCUGAAGCCCAAGGCCGUCAUUUCCUGUAACAGAGAUAUCCUGUGUCCAUCGGAUUGGACAGUGGGCAACUGGAGUGAGUGUUCUGUUUCCUGUGGUGGAGGAGUGCGGAUUCGCAGUGUCACGUGUGCCAAGAACCUGGAUGAACCUUGCGACAAGACGAGGAAACCCAACAGCCGAGCCCUGUGUGGCCUCCAGCAGUGUCCGUCUAGCCGGAGAGUUCUGAAACCCAACCAAGGCACCAUUUCCAAUGGGAAAGAUCUACCAACCUCUGAGCAAGACCCCUUAAAGCCCAUCCCUCCACCCACACCCACGCUGACACUGCUUGCCACACCCACUGUGCCUGACUCUAUGAGCACCAGUACUCCAGCAAUUGAUAGCACUACUCCUGCCACAGCCUCCAAAGAGGGAGACCUGGAUGAGAAACAGUGGCCAAAUAGUUCAACCCAAACCGACCUGGACUCCCACGAUCUCAUUUCCACUGGAAGCACUUCCCAGCCCAUCCUCCCUUCCUGGUCUUUGAGUGUCCAGCCCCAUGUUGAAAAUGCUUCUAGUUCAGAUACUGGUCCUACUGCAGAGGGAGGCUUUGUAGCUACAACAAGUAGUUCUGACUUAUCUUCUGGCAAUGCUGUAACUUGGCAAGUAACUCCAUUCUACAGUACCUUGACCAAAGAUCCAGAACCGGAGAUCCACAGUGGCUCGGGGGAUGACAGUGAACAGCCCAAGAACAAAGAUGAAAGUAAUACUGUUAAGUGGAGCAAGGUCGGUGGGCCUAGAAAUGAUGAUCCCAUGGAGAAAAGCACAGAGAUGCCACUUGGACCUCCACCCACACCUCACCUGGGGGAGGAGUCCUUACAGCCUCCCUCUAGCACAGUAAUUGAAGGACCACUACCUAGCCAAAGACCCAGUAUCCUGAAAAACGGGACACUCAGAGCAGAAGGGAUGAUCACCGAAAAAUCAAGUAACACUCCACUCCCUCAAGGAGGUGACCAGCAGCCAAUACUCUCAGAAAAGUCUGUAAAAAAUCACCACCUGGAACUUCCAAGCAACGCAAAUGUCACSCAAGAUUCUGAACCAGUCCUGACGGAGGAAGACGCGUCCAGCCUGAUUGCUGAGGGGUUUUUGCUGAAUGCCUCCAGUUAUAAGCAGCUCAUGAAGGACCACACUCCUGCAUACUGGGUUGUUGGAAACUGGAGUGAGUGUUCCACCACCUGUGGGCUAGGGGCUUACUGGAGAAGUGUGGAGUGCAGCACCCAGAUAGACGCUGACUGUGCGGCCAUCCAGAGGCCUGACCCUGCGAAGAAAUGCCACCUUCGCCCAUGUGCCGGAUGGAAAGUGGGAAACUGGAGCAAGUGUUCCCGAAACUGCAGUGGCGGCUUCAAGAUCAGGGAGAUUCAGUGCGUGGACAGCUGGGACCAUCACCGGAGCCUGAGACCCUUUCACUGCCAGUUCCUGGCCGGCAUUCCUCCCCCUCAGAGCAUGAGCUGUAAUCUGGAGCCCUGUGAGGAGUGGCAUGUGGAACCCUGGAGUCAGUGUUCCAGGUCCUGUGGAGGCGGAAUUCAGGAGAGAGUUGUGUCCUGUCCAGGAGGCCUCUGUGACUGGACAAAAAGGCCCCCAUCAACUGUGCCCUGCAACAGGCACCCAUGCUGUCACUGGACCACUGGGAACUGGGAUCUGUGCACAGCUUCCUGUGGAGGUGGCUUUAAGAAGAGAACUGUCCUUUGUGUCCCAUCAGAAAACAAUACAGCUGAAGGCCAAGAUGGAUGCCUAUGUGAUCAUGAACCCAGACCCCCAGAAUUUCAAAAAUGCAAUCAACAAGCCUGUGCUGAUUUACUUUGCACCAAUGACAGGCUGUCAGCCAGUUUCUGCCAGACACUGAAGGGCAUGAAGAAAUGUUCUGUGCCCACCAUCAGGGCUCAGUGCUGCGUCUCAUGCCCCCAGGCACACGUCCAGACCCAGAGACAAAGAAGGCAACAGUCACUCAAAAAGCACUUCUAAGUCCAGAAGGAAGCCACCCUCCACCCUAGACUGCAGCAACCUGCUGACCGGGACAUAUUUGGGUCCUGGGGGCCACGUCAUUGAGGUUUUGCUUUGCACAUUUCAGGUUCAA